CCACAGUCCGCCGAAUGUGAGUAUCUGGAAGCACAAAACAGCAUUUGAUUAUUUUGUACGACACAUUUCUGUCCCACACAACUUUUAAACAAACCAGUUUGGCUCAGCCUCACGAAAGAAGACAUUAAGUUCGCCUACAAACAUCUGUUUAGUACUAGUUUAGUGUUUAGUGCUGUAUUUUCUCUUUGAUUAAUAAAAAUGACGUUUUUGAUUGUCUGUGAGCUAGUGAUGAAUUCAAUCUAUUUUACAAUAUUUUCAUCUCUUGAUGCUUCUUUCCAAGACAAACAUUAGGAUAGCAUAAGGCAAUAUAUAAUUAGUAUAGCAUUAAGGCAAUAUACUGGUCUGACAUCACAUAAGUUUAUACUGCCCAUCAAUUCCAUUUAGGCCUAUCAGUUUAGCUAAACGUGUAUGAUAAUUCAUUUUUAUUACUAUUUAUUUACAAUCUGUUAAAGAGACACACAUAUGCUUAAAUAAAGCAAAUGUCCUUGCCAUGAUAGUCAAGGAGCCAGUGGCCUGAAAUUUUUUCUCUAAAAUAGCUUGUUGAUUAAUGGACGUGUCAUAGUCUAUAUGGGGAAAAAGGGAUAUGGAGUCAGGGACACCAAAGGGCAGGGAGAUAAGGCGUCUGACGCCCCUCAAGUGGCAAUUCCGUUCCUCUCAAUAUCAUAGAUUUUUCAUGUAUAAUCAUUGCAGUGCAAUUUUGGGGGCAUUUAUGGCAUGGGGGUCAAUGUUGUGUGGAACCUCUGAGGAAAAUGCACUUUUGCUUUUUUUCCCCCCAUGGCAUGCAACAAUAAGAAAAAUAUAGGGAUAUAUUUAGUUACUGAAUAUAGCAUUCUGAAGUUAGUAAACACUUUGAAGUCUGACUUUACUGAUAAAAUAUUGCACUAUAUUGCAGAAAAUAAAAAAAUAUAUAUAUGUACUUAAGAAUUUUGUUUUCUUGCAUUUAUUAACAAGGAUUUUGUAAUGUUUUGGCCACAUGUGGACAUCAGUGUAUGUGUACCUUUAUAGGUUUGUUUUUGGCUCUGAAAUGAUGUCUCCUAUCUCUUAGCUGACUCGUGUCUCCUUCAAUAAAGCAUUGAUUAUGGAGAAAGUGACAUGAGAAUUAGGAUGCAGAGAAGGUAUCAAGUGGCCUAUAUGCUUCCUCAACUGCAUAGUGGCACAAAAGAGCCUCCUGUUGCCCCUCCAUCCAUAUCUCGAAUCAAACUUGGCUAGUUUAGGACCUUUGGUUUAAUCUUGAGGGGCUUUAGAAGCUGUCCACAAAAAGCUAUUGUAUCUUACUUAAUUAUAACCUCAGAAAUGAUCUGACCUGCCCGGUGCCAGGUGCAGUGAAGUGUGCAAGAGCUUGCAUGCCAUGAGGUCCCAUUGGUUAAGGGAGGAAACACUAGAUGCCCAUCAUGAUCGGAUAAGUGGAAAAUAAUCUAACAACGUUAGGUCUGAAGAAAAAAAAAAAGCAGAGAAAGUUCAGUAAAGACCUAAUGGAAAGUUUUCCCUCCCCUCUUGGUUUCUGAGAAUUCUUGGUCCCCUAAAAAGGGAGCAAUAUGAGCCCCAAGCCUUUUUUCCUGUCUUUUCCCUUUUUUUUUAGUUUUACUUUCCACAGCACCCUGUGAAUCUGAGCCCAUUUGGAAGGUUACUGUUCAUAGGCAGCAUGGAUCAUCCUGGAGGACACCUUGCAGUGGUUCUGUUCCUGUUUGUUCUGGUUUCUAUGUCCACUGAAAAUAACAUUAUCAGGUGGUGCACAGUAUCUGAUGUCGAAGAGCAGAAGUGUUUGGAUCUAGCUGGGAAUGCCACAGCCAGGAACAUCCGUGGACAACUACUGUGUGUGAGGGGCCGAAGUCCAACGGACUGCAUGAAGCAAAUUAAGAACGGCACUGCAGACGCCUCAACUAUGUAUGCUGAUGAGAUCUACACGGCUGGAUUUUGCUACGGCUUAGAUGUAGCUGUGGGAGAGUCCUAUAAUGGUGUGGAUGGCAUUAAUUAUUACGUGGUUGCUCUGGCACGGACAUCAUCAAGUGAUCUGUCAUUGCUGGAGAUGCACGAGCGCAGUUCCUGUCACCCAGGGAUGCGGACUACAGUGGGCUGGACUGUCCCAAUCGGCUUCCUGGUCAACACAUCACAGAUCAGUGUGGAUGAGCAGUGCAACUUUCCCCAUGCGGUAGGGGAUUUUUUUGGCUAUAGCUGUGUCCCAGGAGUGAAGGACCCAGAACAUGAUCCCAAAGGAAACAACCCAAGGAACCUGUGUGAGGCCUGCAUUGGUGACGAGAAUGACCGUCACAUCUGCGCCAACAACCCUCGGGAACGGCACUACGGGGAGGCUGGAGCUCUUAGGUGUGUGGCAGAGAAUCUCGGGGAUGUUGCUUUUGUUAAGCACACUACAGUCUUCGACAACAUGCAGGGUAAGAACCAGGAGUCCUGGGCGCUGGACCUGGAGCUGGAAGACUUGAAGCUCUUGUGUCCUGACGGGAGUGAAGCGAACCUGUUCCAGCAUGAGCGCUGCCACCUGGCCGAAGUGCCAACCAAUGCUGUGGUAGUACGUUUGGAGGACAAAUGCCGCGUUUACAAGUUCUUGGAACGUGUGCAGAAUGCAUUUGCUAAUGCCACUGAAGGAUUCUCAUUGUUCAGCUCGGUGAAUUAUGGGCAGCCUGAUGUGCUGUUCAGCGAUUCCACCAAAAAGCUGCUGCGUGUUAUGGGGACCUACACUUCCUGGCUGGGGCCCAGUUACACCACUAUUCUGAAGGCGUUCGAGUGUGAAGGUUUGUGUUGAUCUGAUGAGGAAAGAGGAAACGCUCUCACACUAACCCUAAAGCACUCUGUGUAAGGUGUGCUACUCUCGUAUAUGGGCUGAACACCAGCAAGCUCUUGCCUGUGUUUGUAGUACUGUUAUUACUGUUCUGUUCUCGCUGUCUUUGUAUGGCUUCAUUCUAUCACAUUUUCUUCACUUCUUUGCCGCUAAAGCCAAGUUCCUGCCAUGUGAAAAAUACAAAAAUAAGCACAAAAAGACCUAAACUUCUAUGCAGAAAAGAACUGGAGGGAAACGCACCGCAAACCAUGAAGGGUUUUUUGCCUUGACCGUUGUUAGUUAAUCCAUGCCAUUCUUUAACCGAGGGAUGCAGUUUUCUGAGCACAAAAUACAUUCAGGGCCAAAGCAUACUCUACGCAAGUACAUGGACACAAAUGAUUUUAGUUAAAUAAGUUUGAUUUCACAUGUUAUUUUUUUUUUUUAUGCAUCAGACUAAAAGUAUGUGUUGUAUUCAGUGUUGCUGUGGCUGAAAUUAGUGUAUUUUACAGUAAGUUUUCUAUUUCAGAUCAACUAUGUACCUGGAUAAUGUCAUGUCUAUUUUAAAG